UUAUUUAAAUUUGUUUCAACCACACUCGAGCUCACGUUUUUCAGCAACGCAAAACUCCUGCCCUAAUUUUUUUUCUUCAUAAAUUCGUGUGAUCCUGUGAUUCUUCAUCUCGUCCGGGAUUUUCUUCGUGCGGUCUGCGUGAAUAUACCAGGAAUUAAUCAAAUUCCGCCGUCUCUGCGCCAGCCACUGCCGUUUGUCUGCUAGCAUUAAAAUUACGAAGUAUUGAUUGCACGUCCAAAAUCCCUUUUUUGGCUCCCUAGAUCCGAUGUCUCGGUGGCUGCGAUCGGUUUGGGGCGCUGGGUGUUGAAGAUUCAAUGUUCUAAUCGCCGCCGCUUCUUGCGAAAGCUUCGAUCUUUGUUUCAGGAAGAAAAGGGGGCAGGAAAACUGACGGAAUUAUAAACUUCUUGAUUGGUAGAUGGUGAAUCACCUUAUCUGCGCACACUUGUGAAACAUGUUGUGAUUGAAUCCAUGAGUCCAGAAACACGAUAACUGAAGAGUCCAAUAUAUUGAAACCAGACAAUGACGAUAUGGAAAGAGCUGAUGAUCUUACAGUGGUUUUGGGCAAGGGAAAACUAGAGAACUCAGAUUUGUCGGUACCUAGUUUCAUGGACAACAAAGUUUUAGAUAAUGAAAACCAGUUUGCAUCUGCGGGCACAGGUUCUCUGCUUAGUAGUCCACUGAGUAAGUUUGAAGAAGAGACACCCACCUUCUUGGACAAACCUGUUACAGAAAUUGUAGUGCCAGAUGUGAUAGAUUUUUCCAAUGGUGACUCAUGCCCUAUUAUGAAAGACAUCGGCGUAGAUGAAGGUUGUUUAUACUCCCUUGAGAAGGUCUUGUUAGAAAGUGAUGUUGGUGAUAAAAAAAAGAGUUCACCUGAAACUGAAGUGCCAAACACAGUUGACCAUGUUAAAAUUGAGAAUCCUGCAAAUGAGAAACCAAAGGUUCCGGUGGAGGGGUUCUCUGUUGAUGCAGACUUGGACUCUGAAGCUAGAAUGUCAACUCCCAACACAAACCGCGAAAAUUCUGAUGAAGGGGAGGGGAAGGCUAGGCUCACCAAUCCUUUUGAAUCGACAGCAGUCACUCUCAAAGAUGAUGCAGGAGGGGAAAAUAUAGAGAGUCAAGAAAUCUUACAGGCUCAACACGGUUCUGUUUCCAAAAUGGCAGUCCUGAAUGCUACUGCAGCUCCUCAACAAAAUUCACUACACAACGAUAAUGAGUUCGAUUUUCCUGGCUCAAAUGCAUUUUCGGGACCCAUUGCAUACUCUGGCAACAUUUCAAUGCGAUCCGAUAGCAGCACUACCAGUGCCCGUUCCUUUGCCUUUCCAAUAAUGCAAAGGGAGUGGAAUACGAGUCCGGUGAAAAUGGCUAAAGCGAGGAAGACUCGAUCUUGGAGGAUGGUACUUAUUUGCUGUAAAUUUUGAUGAUACCUAUUAGUCCGCCCUUUUUUCGUUCGAAUUUGCCCCGUUACAUGCCCGAAGAUAUGUAUCUAAAAGGCUGUUCUUUUUCGUCUUUCCUUUGCCUCUUCUGCUCGGGCACUUGUUCCGCAGAAGAUCAUCAGUUUGUGACUAUGGUUUUGGGAUUGUUUCUGCAAGCAAACAUGUUAAUACUUUCUCAUAAAAUUUAUUAUCAGUCAAAGAAAUAAAAUCUAUGUUCUGAGACUAUUGUAGA